UUAUGCAGUAGAAUUGGAUGCUGUUUUACCGAGCAAUAAACGUAAUACACGCAUUUGCUGGAGUUUCCGCGCCAGCGUGGGUCCGAUGUUGCCUGGCGGGCACGUGCUCUGAGUAGCAGCGAGCCAAGUGGGGCACAGUGUCGACGUCUCCUGCGGAGUUGGUGUUUCGUUGGCUAUUCUUCCCCGGCUGUUUCCAUCCAGGUUCACUUCCACCCUUAACCGAAGUAUCGGGAAGCUGAGCCAAGUUAUGCCUCGAGGGCGUUCUUUUAUUCCGUCACUACAACCGUUGUAAACCGUUCCAGCUGCUCCCCCAUUCCAUUCACACGGAGGACGCAAGGCCGCACUGUCGCGCACCCUUUCGUGAUUCUUCUGAUUGCCACGAUGAUGAAUCUACCAUCGGCAGCCACUGCCGCCUUUUUCACAGUAUAUUUUGGCGACCUGCGCGACUUUCGUAUCAGGAGUCUGGUAGGGGCGACAAAUGUUGUGGAUUCGAUAACAGCUAUCGAUGGCAAGGCCGAUGAUAGCGGCGCGACCCUCGUGGCCUCAUCCCCAGCCACACAGGGCGAAGCGGAACAUCAGGUGACACAGGUUGAGAUUUUUUCGAAGAGCUCAAGGAACAUCCCCAACAAGAAGACAACCAUGGCGUUACAUCGCAUUAAGAAGGCGAAUGCGAUCACAACGUUCUGGCUGCUGACAGGCGUCUUGGGUCUCAUGCUUGUUUCUGUCAAGCUACUUAAGUGCCGGCAAGACCUGCUGAGAAACACCGGUAGAGGACCUGAAGGAAACACGGUGCGGAGACUUGCAGAAGGCGGCGAUUACAACGACAAAUGUCUCCAGGAAGUACGUUCCGAUGGCGAAGCAGCCGUUGGAGGUGACUAGACAGAUGGUGGCACUUUGCAUCAGAUCAAUCACCGGGCAGCUCUGUCCUGUGGCUUUCUCACGGACACUUGAGAGAUUACACCCUUCUCCUCUAUGAAUGGAAGAACCGAGUGGGUGUGUUAGGGACGUGUUAUAUCGUGUUGUGCAAAGGAACUGUCUGCAGAUCAAGUUGCACGAUUUUCUCGCGGUCGUCACGACUAUGUGCGAAUGUCUGCUAAAGUGAUUUGUUAUCUAUGGCGGUUGGGGUUGGUCCUGGGUUCCCCGCCACAGCGCUGGUAGACAUAUUUGGCGAAGUUAAAGCCCGAAGCGGCACUGCCUCUCAGUCGAUUCGCGUGACAUGCAUCGUGUGAUGCCAGCUGACGGGUUGGCGGUGGCCUGACGGUGGCUGGUCACUGAAGCAAGUGGGAGAAAGCGUGCGGUGAAUACUUUGCAGUUUAUAUGAACUACCUCUUCCUGGGGGUUUACCGGAGCCAAGUUCUACUAUGUUAAGGGAGUCUAGCUUCAGUUGAUAUCUAAUUGGUUUUUUGGGUGUGUGUCCAGUGGGUUCAUGGGGGGUAAUGUGCUGGUGUGGACAGAGUGUGCGAGUGCUUAUGUACGAUUGCAAGCUUUUUGCUUUGCUGGCUCUAUCAUGUAUCUAGUGGAUUAGUAGCGUUACUUGGCUCAGUAAAUUUAAACGGGAUGUGUAGGUUGAAUCUGCGCGUCUUGCAGUUGAACGCGUGGAGCCGAGUGGAGUCGGAUUGACCCUUUGUCUGCCGAUUCGAAAGCGUGGCUGUGAUAUCUUGGGUUGAGGCUCCAGGCCCACCUCCGUUCCUUCACACAGACUGCCUGGCGGCCUAUGUGAAAUUUCCUACCAUCUCAUACUAAACUGAGGAGUCCGGAGUUCUCCGACAGGGUGUCGGUGCACAGUCGCGGGCCUCGAAGACUGUGACUUGGAGUUGUUAUGAGCGGACAAGCAGAAACAGUGCGAGACUCUGGGCAACACCAGCUACCGGUGACGCCACAGUAGGGACGCCUAUGUGCGUGCCAGGCAAGCGACCAUCAGGAACAGGAUCCGCAACUCGUUGUUCGAGUGUGUGGCACGCCGGGGGAGAAUCGUUGAGCAUAUAGUUGCGGACGGUGCUGCUAUAUUUUUGAGGUAUUCGCAUCUGAGAAUUACCGUUGGAGCGGUCGAAAUAUUGUGGCAAGAAAGGAUUCGAGGUGACCCCCAGGUGUCGUUGUGGGCUGGCGUGCAUGUCUCGAGGAGCCUCGUUUGUCGGAAACAUGCGAAACAAGAUACCAAGCUCGGUACGGUGUGGCAUAGUGACGUGAUUUGAUUUCAUGCGGCGGUCUUAGGAGCACAGCGUCAACUUCGUGGUGUGACGUUUUGGUGUUGUGUCACUACUAUUUCCGGCUGGUUUCUACUUGUUUCCCUUCCUCAGCUUGAACAUGUACGACCCGUCGCUGAGGCGUCCGCAGUUACUACAAAGGAAUAUGUUCCAGUUCAAAGGCGUCGUCUCGCGUGAACAAUGAACCUAAGGGCUCACAUUGGGAGAACCUAUCACACCCAGAUAACUCAGUACCAGCCAACCGGUUCGUAACACCACUUCAUAUCGUACCUGAAUGGUAUUUUCUAGCAUAUUAUGCGGUUUUAAAAGUAUGUCUUUGAGCCGGGUAGUGGUGGUGCGGGCCAGGCCAAUGAUGGCGCCAGUGCGUGUAGAAUUCCUCAUAUGUACCCUGUCUGUGUACC